CAGCGGCUGCAGUGUUCAGUUCUUUCCGCUAGGCGGCAAUGUAAGCGCCUCUGUUUCGGUGUAACACGUCUCUGUAUGUGAAGCCCGGGGGCCGGAGCGCAGGAUGGCGGCGGCGGUUGAGGUAGCGGUAGUCGGCACAACGGCAGCGGAGAUCGAGUCCUCGGACAGCGAGCCGGAACAGGACCACGGAUCCCCGCAGAAACUCAUCCGCAAGGUCUCCACGUCCGGACAGAUCCGGAGCAAGACAAUUUUAAGAGAGGGAAAGUUAAUGAAACAGACAAAUUUUCAGCGCUGGAAGAGACGGUAUUUUAAACUGCGGGGAAGAACGCUAUACUACGCUCAGACAUCCAAGUCAAUCAUAUUUGAUGAAGUGGAUUUGACAGACGCCAGUGUAGCUGAAUCCAGUACCAAGAAUGUUAACAACAGUUUUACUGUAAUCACUCCGUGUCGUCGUUUGAUUCUCUGUGCUGAGAACAGAAAAGAAAUGGAGGAAUGGAUCGCAGCAUUAAAGAGUGUUCAGAACAGGGAACACUUUGAGUCCACACAGUUCAGUAUGGAUCAUUUCUCUGGGAUGCAUAACUGGUACGCCUGUUCUCACGCUCGCCCCACAUACUGUAACGUCUGUCGGGAGGCUUUGUCUGGUGUCACAUCACACGGGCUGUCCUGUGAAGUUUGUAAGUUUAAAGCACACAAGCGUUGUGCAGUAAGAGCCACUAAUAACUGUAAAUGGACGACACUGGCAUCUAUCGGCAAAGAUAUACUUGAGGAUGAGGACGGGAUCUCAAUGCCUCAUCAGUGGUUGGAGGGGAAUCUACCCGUCAGUGCUAAAUGUACAGUGUGUGAUAAAACCUGCGGUAGUGUCCUCAGACUUCAGGACUGGCGGUGUUUAUGGUGUAAAGCCAUGGUGCAUGCUGGGUGUAAAGAGCAGCUGUCCAUCAAAUGUCCACUGGGUCAGUGUAAAGUAUCUGUGAUACCACCCACAGCCCUCAACAGCAUCGACUCAGACGGAUUCUGGAAGGCGUCGUGUCCUCCGACAUGCACCAGCCCGUUGUUAGUUUUUGUCAACAGUAAAAGUGGAGAUAAUCAGGGUGUGAAGUUUCUACGACGAUUCAAGCAGCUGUUAAACCCCGCUCAGGUCUUUGAUCUGAUGAAUGGAGGACCGCACCUGGGUUUGCGUUUGUUUCAGAAGUUCGAUACGUUUCGUAUUCUGGUGUGCGGUGGGGAUGGCAGCGUGGGCUGGGUUUUAUCAGAGAUUGAUUCUCUGACUCUACACAAACAGUGUCAGUUGGGCGUGCUUCCUCUAGGAACAGGAAAUGACCUGGCAAGAGUUUUGGGGUGGGGCUCAGCGUGUGAUGAUGACACCCAGUUACCCCAGAUACUGGAGAAACUGGAGCGAGCCAGCACCAAGAUGCUGGACAGAUGGAGUAUUAUGGUGUAUGAAACCAAGUUUCCACGGCAACACUCCAGCUCCACAGUGACAGAGGACUGUAGUGAUGAUUCUGAGGUUCAACACAUUCUGACCUACGAGGAUUCGGUCGCCGCGCACCUCUCCAAAAUACUGACGUCUGACCAACACUCAGUGGUCAUCUCCUCUGCUAAAGUCCUAUGUGAGACCGUAAAGGAUUUCGUUGCGAGAGUCGGCCGUGCAUAUGAGAAAAGCUCAGAAAGCACGGAGGAAUCAGAGGUUAUGGCUAAAAAGUGUGGCGUUUUGAAAGAGAAGUUGGACUCUUUACUGAAGACGCUCAAUGACGAAUCCCAGGCCACGACCGUGAUGGCCACGCCUCCUCCCACCAUCGCAGAGGAGCAGGAUGAUGGAGAGUGUGUGGUGCUGGUUCCACCCAAAGCCCCGCCCACAGUCACAGCUCCCUGCUCGCCCCGCCCAACCGCUCCCAUUUUUAAGCCUCGAGAGCAGCUGAUGUUACGCGCUAACAGUCUGAAGAAAGCCAUCAGACAAAUCAUAGAGCACACAGAGAAAGCUGUGGAUGAGCAAAACGCUCAGACUGAGGAGGUGUUUGUCUCUCUACCUACUGAGGAGGAAGAGGAAGAUGAUGAAGCAGAUAAAUUAUCUCUACAAUCCUCAUACAGUAACAGAGCUCGACCCAGUAGAAGAGCCUCCAAGACUCCGUGUGAGAAGCUCAUCUGUAAAGGAAGUCUAUCAAUCGGUAGCUCCGCCUCACUUCCUGUUCAGACAGGAAGUAGGGACAGUAUGCCCAUGCUGAACACCAAGAUCCUCUACCCAAGUCUCAGGGCAGGUGUUUCAGGCUCUUUUAGUGGUUCGGUCAUCAGCAGGCUAUUGGUCAAUGCUGACCCGUUCAGCUGUGAUCCAGAGAACCUGGAUCUCUAUACAGAGAAAUGUGUGAUGAAUAAUUAUUUUGGAAUCGGUCUGGAUGCCAAAAUAUCUUUGGACUUUAACAACAAACGUGACGAGCAUCCAGAAAAAUGCAGAAGUCGCACUAAGAACAUGAUGUGGUAUGGAGUCCUGGGUACUAAAGAACUUCUUCAUAGAACUUACAAGAACCUGGAGCAGAGGGUUCUGCUGGAGUGCGAUGGCAGGCCCAUUCCUCUCCCCAGUCUCCAGGGAAUCGCUGUAUUAAACAUUCCCAGUUACGCUGGAGGAACAAACUUCUGGGGUGGAACCAAAGAAGACGACACGUUUACUGCGCCGUCAUUCGAUGAUAAGAUCCUGGAGGUGGUUGCUGUAUUCGGCAGUAUGCAGAUGGCUGUUUCUAGAGUCAUUAACUUACAGCAUCAUCGUAUCGCACAGUGUCGGACGGUUAAGAUCACUAUUCUGGGUGAUGAAGGUGUACCUGUACAGGUGGAUGGAGAGGCCUGGAUUCAAUCGCCCGGAUACAUCCGGAUCCUUCACAAGAACCGAACGCAAACCCUCACCAGAGACCGAGCGUUUGAGAAUACUUUAAAGUCAUGGGAGGACAAACAGAGAGUUGAGAUACCGCGUCUGGUAUCCCAGCAUGCAUCACAGCCCGAAAUUGUUUCUGAAGACGAAACCGCUCAGAUCAGUCUGUUUGGACAGGCAGCUGGAGCUCUGAUACACAGUAUUAGGGAAGUAGCGCAGUCUCAUCCCACUAUCGAACAGGAAUUAGCUCAUGCAGUCAACGCCAGCUCUAAAGCCAUGGACCUAGUGUACGAAAACUCCAAGACAAGUGGGGGUUUGACCUGUAAUGUGGUGAUGCAGAUGGUGAGUGAUGUUAAAGCGCUACACAGUGAGACAGAAUUGCUGCUCACAGGAAAGAUGUGCCUGCAGUUGGAUCCUCCUCAGAGAGAGCAGCUGAUUGGUGCAUUGGGUUCUGUCACUCAACAGUUACGCAGACUGACGGACAUCAGCUGGCUCAGUCAACUCAUUGAUCCGGCUGACGAUGAGGUACAGCUCUCUGAUUUCACCAAGAGGAGUCGCAGUGCUAAAUUCCGACUCAAAUUCAAGAAAGACAAAAACAACAAAAAUAAAGAGACGUGUGCCGCCUUCAACGUACCUGUGCAUCAGUGGGGUGUAGAUGAGGUGGGCAUCUGGUUGGAGAUGCUCUGUUUAUCGGAGUAUAAGGAGAUCUUCAACAGACACGACAUUAGAGGACCAGAAUUACUUCAGCUGGAAAGGAGAGACCUUAAGGACCUGGGAGUGACUAAAGUCGGCCAUAUGAAGCGGAUCUUGCAGGGUAUCAGAGAUUUAAGUCCAAACUCCACCACCAGCGAAGCCUAAACGCUCAGCAGCCAAUCAGAUGCCUCAUUUAGACGUGACGCAGCUUAUCAAACGCUAAGUCACGACUAAAACCAGCCAUACGCAGCCCUUCGCCUCAAAGGGACCAAUGUUGAUCUCGACCAAUCAUAGUGCCUUCUCUCCUCUACCUUUGUGACAUCAUCAUUUUAAGUAAAACUGUUUUACUACCUAAGGGUGCGUGCACACCAAGGCGUUUACACUGGCAAAUGUUUUCAAUUGUUUCCAAUGGAAGCACCAUGCUUUUCAGAAAUGCCAGCAGCUGGCGUUUUUUCCCCCGCUGAGUAGAGGUGGGGGAAAAAAUUAAUUCUUAGAUGCAUCGUGAUGUGGGACGUGGAGGAUUUUGAAUCGAUUCACAAAUGUCAAAAAUCGAUUUUCUGGGAAAAAAGUUUUCUAAUAAAGUAAUAUUUAUGGAAUGCAAAAGGCGGAACUCAACAGUUCACAAAACACACACACAAAAAAAGUUUCAGAUAAUCUAUAAUUGUUUUUAGCAUCGCCGCCCUCUGAAUCGUGAUCGAAUCGUGAGGUGGCAAGAGAUUCCCACCCCUACCACUGAGCGCCCACGCUGGCUUUCUUUCUGCGCUCAGCUUUAAAAAAAGGUUAAACUUUGGGUGAAACGCUCAUCAAUGUCACUUCUCACUCAGCAGUCCAAUCAGAGUGGAUGAGGGGCGGGACAAAUACCAACUGGCGCAUCGUUCAACAACUGAUAAACAAACCAGAAGUAUCAUUGCAACCAAAGGGCUUAGCUAAAAAAAAAAAACACUGGUAAGCGCCCACAGUCAACGGCCGCCUGGCCUUUGUAGUCAUUUUCCUCACUCUUGAUUACUUGCAGUAUUUAACUUCCUGUCAUGCAAAUUUUUGAGUUGAAUAUUUUCAACAUGCAUGAAUGCGCAUUUGAGGCGAA